CAGCAUCAGCUACUACAGCAACAGCAUCACCAACAUCGCCAGCAGGAGCAUAAGCAGCACUCCGAGCAUCUACAGCUCCCACAGUCGAAACUAUCGAUGCCACCGCUGGCAAUGGUGCAUGCUGGAUGGACAGGACCGCCUCAGCUGGCCGAGAAUGGCGGCUUUAACAGCUUCCUGGACGAUCCGAGCAAUCUGCGCAAACUGUUCCUCCCGCGGCGCACUCUGCAGCUGCUGUCGGAGCUGCCGGACUUCCAGUGGCUGGUCAGGGGCUGCUUCGUGCGCGUUCGCUUGGAGCACGGCCAUCGUGUGGCACAGAUCCAGAGCGUCGUCAAGUGGCAGCCGAGCAGCGAGCUCACGUUGGUCUUGCGCACUGACAGCAAUCCACGCGUCUAUCCGCUGUCGCAGCUGGCCAACACGUACUACGAGCGGUGCGAGCUGCUCGAAUGGCGUUACAUUUGGCAGAGCUGCCACUUCGAGCUGCCCACCAAGUGCAUCGUCGAACAGAAGCAUCAGGCCCUGGUCAACGCCAAUCUGCGGGUGCAGCAGAAGCUGUGCGAUGUUGAGCUCACCCUCAAGCAGGAGUACUUCAUCGAGAGCGAAUUGCCCGCCCUUGCCGCUUCCAGCAACGCCACUGCCACACCACCGCGCACCACGCAACAGAUCAAGUACCUGGUGGAGCCCAUGGAGUGCUACAGACGCUAUCUGCCCACGACGCCGCCAGUUACAGCUGCUGCCGUUGCCACUGCCAAAGCGAGUAAGCCGCACGAGCUGACGACUCCCAAUUGCCCCAAGAAGAAAAUUUCCCUAGACGAAUAUCGUGAGCGCUGCAUCAAGAAGAAGAAGUGAU